UAUAUCUCAUAUCUGAUAGCUUCCUCCAUCUCUGUUAACGCAAACUACACUUAAAUUUGAAAUGUACAGACAAUAUAUAAAUGGCGUCUUACUGAUUGUAUAUCUCAUCGUCAUACUUGGAAUACUUCAACAUUUGCUUAUCACCCGAAAGUAUCAACUGCGUAUUUGGUACCAGGAUGUUGCAACAACCUUUCGCUCUCCAAGGACUAAUUCUAAUGAUACAGAUAUAAACUCCAAAAGUGCAAAACAAAAAACUGUUCAUAAAUCAACAUCCACUGUUAGUUUGAAAAUUUUGAAAACGACGAGCAUCAAAUUGAAUCCACAAAAUGCACCCACUGCUCUAAGAAAUUCGACGACCAUCGCAGAAACCACAUCUGUAAAGAGUUUUUCUCGUAGUAAUUCAAAAGAAGAACCCAGAUAUUUAUUAUGUGUUGGAACCAUGGGAAGAUUAGGAAACCAUUUGUUUGAGUUUGCAUCUGGGUAUGGAAUUGCUGCUAAAAAGAACAUGAUCUCUGUAAUUCGGCAGCGUGGAUUAGUGGACACUGUUUUUGAGCUUAAGAAUGACAGUCAUCUUCUGCUAAUGUCCGAUUUGAAUGUAUGUAAAGGAAUACCCCAACGAUAUGAAAGAUGGUGUAGUCGUUAUGAUCCAAAGUUGGAAAACUUUACUGCAAAUUCAAAUUUAUUUAUAGGAUGGGGACUGCAGUCGUGGAAAUAUUUCAAUGCAUCUUCUCAAAAUCUUCGAAAACAAAUGACAUUUAGAAAACACAUACGUGAAAAAGUUACUGAAAUUCAAGAAAGAACCUUAAGAAAAUUCAAUUUUACGUCACGUGCUGACGCCACGUUUAUUGGCGUUCACAUACGCCGUGGGGAUAUGUUAACUGACCCACUUGGCUAUGACGUAGCUACACCGGAAUAUAUCUCUCGCGCAGUCGAUUUUUUCAAAACUUAUAAAAACACGAUUUUCAUAGUAUGUUCAAUGGACUUACCUUGGUCGCAAAAAUACAUGCCAAGUAACGUUAGAGUGGAAUAUAGUGUUGGAAAUUCAGCGGAAGUGGACCUGGCUCUGCUGGCGUCCUCUGAUCACGUGAUUCAAACAGUGGGUACAUUUGGAUGGUGGGCUAGCUGGCUAAACAGUGGAACUGUGAUUUAUUACAAAUGGCCGGCAAAGGAAGACGGGAAACUAAGGUCAACAUUUAGUGCAGAUUAUUCAGAUUUCUUUUUGCCUUCUUGGAUAGGAAUGUAAUUCUUCCACAAUGUAGCUGAUUUAUGCCGCCGGUCUUACAGUCUAGUACCUACGGACUUAGGGUCAGUUACAGUGAAUCUUGUUUAACCCGAACCCAAUGAUUUUUUUUUCAAAGAAACUGACCGGAUCAGACUAUUUCCAGGAUUGGACAACUUUCAGGAUUAUAGACAACAUUUAAACCGAUCAAAUUACUGAAAGGAAUGUAAAGUUUAAUUCAUAGAUCGUAUUUGGCAAUAUUUCGGAAAGCACAGCAUCCAGAUUUAAAAAAAAAUCCUGUUUUGAAUAUCUACAUCAAGGGUUGCUUUAAAACAUACAAAUGGGAAAAGCCAACAUUAUUUGGGCUUGGUAUUUGUGAUAAGGGCGUUUUUCAAUACCAGUAAUAAUUCUCUUCUUGUAAACCCAGUAUUUAGUAGAUAUUAUCAUUAUACACUGUAAAAAUAUAUAUUUUUUGAAAAGUUAUGUUCAAUGAAGGAUGUUGAAAAUUAAUUGCAUUAUAGAUUUUAAUAUCCAGGGAGGAAGAUAAAAUGUAGAAGCUGUGCUCUUAAUUUUCCCGAUAAUUAAAGCAAUGAUAUUAUUUAUGGGAAACUUCUUAAGAGUUAGCUAACAAACAGAACAACAGUCUGAACGAGAAAAAUAAGAGCUUUUGUGGGAGACGCAAACAGAUUGAUUACAUCUAUACAUAUCAUUAUUGAACAAGACAACAGGUUUUCGUGCCAAUCACUCGAUAUUGAUUGUGUAGAGGAAUUUUACGUGAGACUUAACAAAACAAUUGAGAUAUCUUCAGUCAAUGCACAAAGUCAAUAGAAGUUGUGACUGUCAUUGAAGCUAUAGGUGUAGUAAUGGAGACAAUGCCUCAACGCAGCAGUGUAAUCAGCUCGACCAUAAGCUUAAGAGCUUCUGAAAUCAUGUUUCAAUGUUGAAAUGUUAACUAUUUCUUGAAAGACGUCAACAGUGAUUUUAUUCAUUUAUGUAGACCAUGCAGUAGACAACUUUUCGAUGAGAGAUCAGAGGGACAUUGCAGACAAUUAAUUACAUUGAAUGUUCUGUUGUUGAUAUCGAUAAGAACAAAACCGUCAGUGUGAUGGCCUGCAUCCUUUUGUUGCAAAUUGGUUUGUUUAAAAAUCUGUAGUGCCAUGCAGGGAAUUACAUGUUCUGGAUAGACCUUA